AUGUCGCUUCGCAUCCGUGCCUCGUUUGGUGUGGCAUGCGCUGCCUUUUUGUCGGCGGUAGCAACCCUUGUACUUGGCCAGCCUAUACACGUGUACCCUGCAGAGGGUCUAGCCGACGGGAUAACAGACCAAGAGCUCAAGAACAUUGCCCAAGCAGCCGCAUUUCACAAAGACUGGCACUGGAAAUCCAUUGGGCAGAAGACGAAUCAUUUGGCAAAGGCGACAAAGUUCGAGGUGAGCGUGCCGAGCGCCGUCUAAAUGCGGCGCUCAUCGACGAGUCUUGCUCUCAGAGGAUUGUCUGAUCUGAUACGUUGCGUGCACCGAUGCUCAGGUCCUGCGUGGCUUUCAGCUCGAGCACGACCCCGUCGCGCCUACCGGUCGACAAGCAUUUGUUCGAGGCAUAUUCAGAUCAGACGAGGACAAACCCUUGAACGUCGCUCAUCAGGAUGUCAAAGACGGCAAACACGGCGACUUGGCGUCUCACGCUCACGGGGUUCCCCUGGCUCCUUAUCAGCGCCUGUACAAGAAUGGCUAUCGCUACGAAAGGAAUGCGGCACCCAAACGAAGUGAUGGGCCCAAUUUCAAUCCGCAACAGCGAACAAGCGUUUUUGUCAAGCCGCCUUUGGGACUUGGUCCACAAGACCACAAAGCGGAAAAGCUGGCUUGGGCGGCUGUUCAGCGCUGGCAUCACAAUCUCAAACACUUGAAUGCAAACGACGUGCAUCACUACGAGGUGAGCGAGAUCGUGGAAAGCAGGCGACGCGGAAAGCAAAUGACACCCGGCCAAACCACUGCACCUCUUUGCACUGUCAGAUGCUUCACUUGCUGAAACCGCAUCCCGAGACGGGAAAGGCGUACACUUCGGUCCUCGCUUGGGAUCAUCGGGAGCGCCUGCUCUCCAGCCAAUCCAAGCCGGGCACGUAUGUGCACGAGGUGCCCCUGCUGCUACCCUCGCCAGAAAAGGAUGGAGCCGAAUCCGUCUUGGGACUACAUCCAUCGGUAGCAAAGAAGAUUGCGUCGAGCAAACCUCUCAGCGCUGACGCAAGACCGUACAUUCCAGUGUCACAGUCGAGGUCCUCCAACCCACGUGGAUCAACAAACGUCGCAGCACCCACGGCACCUACGUCAUGA